UUUAAUAUUUCAUAACUGUGAUUUUCUACUCAAUUACAUAAUUUCUCCACAGUAUUUGCAGUACGGCGAAUCCGGAGCAGUCAAUCCGACGGCAAGAGGAAGUCCACUGUGUUGUGACAGAGUUAGGGACCAACCUCCGCCAUGUGCCACCGCGAAACACUCAAAAGUCUCCGGCCAACCGAACCAUUUGACCUCGAAUCCGGCCUAUCCCUCACGCCCCGCGUCAAACUCAACCUGACAAUUGACCGCGCAGACAAAACCGUGUGCCCAGUCGACGAGUGGAAGCUAAAGCGCUCGUUGAUCGACUAUCUCAAAACCUCACAUUCAAUCUCUGUUGUGGAAGAGGAUAUCAAGAUUUUUAAAUAUAGAGACCUGAAAAAGCGGAAGCGUGAAGAUCCUGUGGCGCGCGGGAGCUUAGUGGUGCUGGAUUUAGGGUUUCUAUCGAAGAAAUUGGCAUUGAGCGGAGAGGAUGGAGUGGAGAAAGAGUUUCUGGGGUGGAGGAAGGGGAUUGUUGCUGAGAUGGAUGGAAUGGAGUUGAAUUUGGAGGGCGUGAAGUUUAAGUUGAGCGUUGCGGUCCCGAAAGGGGAUGGAUAUCCAAGGAGUGAGAGGCAGCAGCCUGAUACAAUUAUAUUGAGAGGUGUGCCAUCAAGAUGGUUUGCUGAGCCUCGGGUUUCAUCAAAACCUUCAAUGCUAGUAACUCAUACAAUUUUCUCGGCAUUUGGAAAGAUAAGGAAUCUUGAUGUUGGUGAGGACAAUGACAUAGGGCAGGAUGAGGAUGAAGAUAGUGGGGACCUUGUUUCUGGUCUCCAUUGUAAGAUUGUGGUUCAGUUUGAAAGUCACAAGGACUUCUAUAAUGCCUUGAAGGUUUUAUGUGGCCGCUCCUUAAUUAAGCAAGGGUCACGCAUGAGGUCUGAUUAUGAAGUGACCUGGGAUCGGGAUGGAUACUUUCGAAAUGGUCUAAACCGAGCAGAACAAAGUAAGAGAUGGAUGCCGACAACUGGAGUGGCUAGCCAUAGAAGUGAAGCUUCUGGACGCCAGUCACAAGUCUCUCGCUAUAGCCCUGAUGAUGCACGAAGAAAGCGGUUCAAGGAUUGAAGAAAACUUUGAGUGUCACCAAAGAUUUCAUGGUUGGGUGGAAAGACUGCAUAUCAAAUUCCCCAGUGAAGAAGGUACUCUGAUGCCUGGUUCCAGCAACAUCGAGCAAGGCAGAAACGUCGAUUUACUUUACCUGACAGUAGGAAAUUAAGUUUUGUGCCUCCUGACCAAGCCAUACCAGAUUAAGAUCCAUAGCAGUAUUUGCCAUUGGCUAAACACAUUGUAUGGCUAAGAAGAGGCAGAACCUAGAUUUAACAGUUUUUUGCCUCAGCUGCCUGUAGUUUGCCUUAGAUAUGAAUUAGUGCUGCAUUAUGAUAGUUGAUUAACUUAGACAAAAAAAGAACCGCUGAACCAUUAGAAAAGUCUGUUUCCGGAGCUAAAUGAAGGUAUAUUUUGUUUAUUUUCUUUUCAUUC